AUGCCGUCAGUAAGGCCCCUCAACCCCGCCCUCGCGGAAACGGCUCGGGAGGAACUAGGUGAGACCCCUGAGGCCCUCGCACUCGGGAUACAACACCUUAAGGAUUGGAUACAGAGUCAAUCACAUCUUAGAGCAAGAACAGAUGACCAAUGGCUGGCUGCAUUUUUACGCGGCUGCAAGUUUAGAUUAGACCAAGCCAAAGUAAAAAUAGAUCUGUACUAUAGUCUGCGAAGCACGGCACCAGACUUGUAUACCUUGAAAUACAAUGAUCCAAAAUUUCACGACGUAUUAGAACUGGGAGCAGUAAUAACCCUCCCGCAUACAUAUAGCCCCGCUGCCCCUAGAAUAAACAUAUUAAGAAUCGGAACAUAUAACCCUAAAGAAUAUACAGCCGUCGAAAUAAUGACGAUUUAUCAGUUUUUAAAUCAGAUACAUUUUAUGGAAGAUGACAAUCUGACCGUAGCUGGCAUAAUUAAUAUUCUUGAUUUGCGGAAUACGGUAUUCGCGCAUUACACACAGACCUCUUAUAAAUUAACGAGAAAUCUCAUCAGGGCCAAUCAAGACGCUCUGCCGGUGAGAAUAAAACAAGUGCAUGUUAUCGGUGCUCCACAUAUUUUUACCACUUUCAUGAAUAUAUUUAAAAAAGUCUUAUCCGAGAAAAUAAGGAACCGAUUCCAUAUGCACAAUGAUGUUGAUGCGUUACACGAUUACAUACCUCGAGAGUUGCUCCCCGAAGAAUAUGGUGGAACGGGAAACUCUUUGCGUGAGAUCAAAGAUCACUGGAAGCAGAAAGUAAUGGAUUAUCGUGGAUUUUUUGAAGAUGAUCUUCAGUACGGCUCAGACGAAGAGCUACGGGGGAUAAGGAUGCAAGGAAAAAUAAAUCAAUUAGUCUUAAUAAAACCUAACAAGCAGCCAUUUUAUUUUCAAAUUUAAUAAGCA